AAAAUGCGAGUGGAACUCCUGUAUGUUCCAAUCCUUCGGCGCAACAUGCAUAAAAUCACACACUCAUUAUGGGGGACUAAUGGUGAUAGCAGAUGUAGGCCUGACACUAUGAACCACGUCUAUAGAGCCAAUGAUGGUUUGUACAUGGGAGCUUUAGCAAUCUCUUUUAUAGGUGUAUCCAUCCCGACGUCCCUUAAAGCUAUGGCCUGCAGGGAGGCACUGGAAGGAAGUGGUGUCGAAUAUCGUUGAAGGCAAUGGAGGAAAACACGCUCAUAUCAUCAGGAAGAUCAAGUUAAUGGCUUUAGAUCUACAGUUUUUUUUUGAACCUAGAGCUUCGAACGUCGAGGCACAUAGCCUCGCUAGAUACGCGCUUAAACUUUCAGUUGGUCAUCAUGUUUGGCUACUUCAGCCUCCAGAGUUAAGUUGUUCCUUAGAAUAUUCUUGAGUAAUAAAGCAUGUGUUUAGAAAAAAAACAAAAAAAAAAAACAAGUGGGUCAAUCUCGAAAAGGAAACCUUUUCAAACAGAAAAUCUCACGGUCGAGCCAGAGAGCAAUUGCGGCGAUUUGGGAGAAGUGCGCGGCGCACUAGGGUUUGCAACAAUGGAGGAAGGAGCACACCACGGCGGCCUUCCCGAGCUAGGUCCAACCGGAGGAGGAGCCGAUCUCAUCAGCGCCCUCCCGGAGGAUCUGCUUCUCCAGGUCCUCGCCCGCCUCCGCUGCGCCCGCGCCGCCGCGCGCACCAGCCUCCUCUCCCGUCGGUGGAGCCGCCUCUGGACCCGUCUCACCGGUUUCACCUUCCGCGACCUCGCGCUCCACUCGCUCAAAUCGGCGCUCGACUCCCUCGUCCACGCCCCAGGCGUGUUCCUCCUCGACAUCCACUCCGAGGUGCCCCCGCCUGUUCCUCGGCGUGAGCUGCUAUACUACCUGCAGUACGCGGCCGGCGUCUCCUCACUGCUCCGCGCCGCCGCGGGGCUCUCGCCGGUGGAGCUCCGCCUAAAGGUCUCUCUCGGCCCACUUGCCCGCUUGACACCUGACUUAUUAUUGUGCUAUCCCCCAAAGGUGGACCUCCCCUGCUUCCACCGAGCCACCUCCAUCGACCUAUCUGGGUUGGAGUUGGAGUUGGACCUCUCCCUCUUGGCCGACCCACCGGCAAGCUGCUACAUGUUCCCCGCUCUGGAGGUGCUGUCCCUCUCUCGCUGCUGCGUGGACGUUGCCGACUUGCUCCUCCAUUGUCCGCGCCUGCGCGUGCUAAGGGCGACCGACUGUUCGCUCGGCGACGCCAUCCGCUCGGCGUCCCUGCAGGAGCUCGUUCUAGAGGUCAAGACAGGGAGUGUGGAUAUCGAGGUCCCCACGCUUAAGCAAUUGACACUAUCCUUAGACACUCGCCGCGAGCUCAGGUUGUUAUGGUGGAGAAGGUUCUGUGGCUAUGCCACUAUUCCAAGGUAGCUGCUGGGAUUGGCCUUUGGGGCCUUGCGAUGGUGAGGUUAGAGACGGGGAGCAAUGCCCUGUGCCUGUGGAUGGACUGUCUUCACUCAUUUAGUUUUCCACACACCGAGCUCAGCCUUGCGCAAGAAAUAGAGAAACAUUUACAUCCAGUGGUUUGUAACUUCUCUGUUUUAGAUCUACAUUUCAACUCUUUCAAAACAAGCGGGCACGCCUUUGGAGCAUUUGUGUUUCGCCUCCUGGCGAUUCAUCGGAUUCGUACUGCUACAAAAAUUCUUAAGAUAGGACUGGGGGAGAAAGCAAUAGCAUGCCCAGUAAAUUGUCCCUGUGAUGAGCCUAAGAACUGGAGAAGCGAAACUAUCACCUUGAUCAAUCUUGAAGAAGUGGAAAUCAAUGUCUUUGAAGGACAGGAGCAUGAAUUUGAUUUCUUGAGACAAAUAUUCAAAUGCACACCAAUGCUGAAAAGAAUAGCUGUGAAGCUUUCAGAUGAUGUCACAGCAAGUAACGGUUUGUGCACAAAAAUAUAUGACAUCUUCAAGGAGUACGUGGAAUGCAGUGUUGUUCCUAACUCUGGUAAGCAGAUUCUAAAUACAUGAUUAUCACGCUCCUGAAUGCAACAACUAUUUCUGUUUUGCAUAUUGUUGAAACUCCAUGCCUCUGUUGCUGAAUCCCAUGCAUUAUCUCUGUCAGACUUGUAUCUAUAUUUUGCUAUGAAAGUUCAUAGUUAUGUGUCAUUGGCUUCAAUAUCGUGCCAAUUAUUAAUUCCAGGUUGUCUUAGCUUUAGGUUUCCUCAUGCUAUCUUUGUUGUAAAGCUCUGUAGGUUUAGGGAAUGUGUUUGCGGUCUUUGUACUAGUAUUUUCUUUAGGUUCUGUUCCCAAAGUGGUCUGACCCUUCCCCGGUCAUAGAUGUAAAGAAUGACGAGCCAUUGGCCAUGAUGUUGGAUAUACACUUGGGCUCUGUUUGACAGCAAAGUAUUAUAAAAACGGAGUAUUUAAAAACUACAGUAUUUUAUCCAGUUGAUAUAGGAUACCUCAGUUUUGGCAUAUCAACGUAUUUUUAAAGUAUUGGCAAUACAAUGACCUGUUUGGCUAGUGUCAUACGCAGAGAUGUAAAAUUAACUGGCUAGUCGUUUAUAACUGCUGCAAAGACUGUCCGUCAAAAACUGUUGCAAACACGCUCUAUCUAUCUAGCCGUUGCAUGCCAACUGAUCGCCAUGCACAUUUACCAUCGGCAGGCACAAGGCUGGUAGCUUAAAAGAGGGGCCUCCACAACAAAACGUAGCCAGCGGCGCACCAGGGUGCCGCGUCGGCACUCGCUGUCACGCUAGCGCGACGUGCCGCCGCGCGGUAUCCACGGUCAUAGUUUGCCGCAACACCUAGCUAGUUACUGUAUCUCACAUGCGGUAGCGCGCUUGUGGUUAAAUCAUGCGUGGUGAAGUGGAUUGGAUCCAUCGUGCUAGCUUGUAGGAGUAUUCGUAGGUGACCGCGCAACUUCAUGACAGGACAGCAAGACCAUAGUAGCCGGAAACGGGGAACGGUAGGCCGUCCCUCGAUCCCGAUUCAUCGACCCGGAAUCGGAUUCGGGAACGAGGUCGGAUUCGGUACGAUUCGACGAAGAUUCGGCGUCCCCGCAGCCUGCUCCUCGAUUCAGGUUCGAGAAUCCAACAGCCAAAACGCGAGGCAUAAUUUACUCACGCCGUCGUUUCUUUUCUCAAGGACUCUUCGUUCUUCCUCCAGUCCAUUAAUUGCAAGGGAUCCAUUAACAGCAAGGAAUGCUGACCGUCAGGGAGUCGUAGUUCUUCAGGAACUGCGUUCCUCGACCCAUGGUACCGUACCGGGUUCAUCGUACCCAAACGGAUUGGAUCGCGUCCCCGCUAUAAAAAAAUCGUUCGAGAGAUGUAUACCCUCGUUGUACCCUAUUUUUUUCAGCCACCAACUCUCGUCCCUCGUUCCCGUUACUCGUUCCCACCGUACCGGAAACAUAGCAACUAUGAGCAAGACAGCCGGUGCCGCUCUCCAAUUUCAAGGGCAUGCCGUUCCUCUCAGCUUGCACGGAGGGGUGGGACGGGAACGGGAACCGUCCGGUCGCACGGAGGCAGAGGCAAACGGCCGACAGCGAGAGGCGGGAGUAGUGUAAGCUGGAGGAUGAAGUCCAUGGCCGCUGACAGAUAUGACAGGGCCGCGACAGCUUCGGGUGAGGAAGAAGAUGCGUUUCUUUCGCGUCCUCUGUUUUAAAAAAAAGAGGUCCAGGGUUUUCUUUUAUGCAGAGAAAUUAUGUCAUGUCCCAAGGGUCAUGAUCCUCUUCUUAUCCAAGGCCUUCUCGAUGGAAUGGGCCGUGAGACUUGGGCUUGGCCCAGUUCUGUGAAUAGGCAAAUGGAUUUUAAAGAAGGAGAAGCUAGACAGAGGAGGGGAACGAUUGAUUUGUGAAACGUCUGAAGCUUCUCACCCCUUGCUCUCGUCCUCACCUCCUGCUCUCUGUAUCCGCCCCUUUCCUUGCUGAUUUCUCACCCCAUAUUCUCCAUGUAUCCCCCGAUCUAGAUCUGAAUAUUGGUGCUGAUUAGUCUGUUCGUCCCAUCUUGUGCUUGGGUCGUGACAAUUUGGUAUUCAGAGCCAACAAAAAAAUCACCACCCACUUCUUGCCUACCAUAUGUUCGACGAAAUGUCCAGCCAACCCGAGGUGUUCACCGGCGGCGUUCUCCGCGUCACCGUGCACCAUGUGUACUACCCGGUCACUGAGGAGACACUACAGCAGGUGUUUGCCGUGUAUGGUGUGUUGAAGGUCGUCGUGUUCCAGAGAAUCCACCAUGUGGAGGCAGUGGUUCAGCUUCGAUCAAAAGUCGGGGCGGCACGGGCUCUCGCCUUGCAUGGUCGGUGUGUCUAUGAGCACGCCUGCCUCCUUGACAUCCAGGACUUGUCGCCGGAGUAUAACCUGCACUUGUGCUCGCUGCUGGAUCUCAAGCAGACCACAACCGUGGCCGAGUACACGACGGCAUUCUGGGAAUGAGUACAUCGUGUGCUGGAUCUCAACUCCACUAUAAGCAUCAAGUGCUUCGUACACCAGUACGUCCAGGGCUUGCGCACGGAUAUUCAAGCAGCCGUGCAGUCGCAAACGCCGUCUAGCAUCACCAGAGCGUUGUGCCUUGCUCGGAUAAGGGAGGAAGAGAUCAUGAAGGAUGAACUGAUGGGCUCCGAGAAGCGUGGUGAUGGCCACGACCAUGAAGUACAAGACCAUGGCAUCGGCGACAGCAGGCUUGCUGCUCCAACAACGACCAUGCGCUCCACAGAGUGCCCGAGUUCCGACGCCACUGUCAACAUAUUUCCCGAGCUUGCCUCCCCUGCUGUGUGCGACGAGGCCCUCGACAUCAACACCGUCCACAUCACUGCACCAACGCCCGCCAUCUGCUCGACCGGUGGUCUGGCCCAUGGUAAUGAUGACGAUGGCCCAAUGUCAGUGUCCAUGGUACUCUGGACUACACCACUGGCUACACCUCCACCGCAGCGCCCGGUUCCUGACCUCAAACUCAUCACAACAACUCCCACGAGUUGUUGGUUAAAAAGCUAUGUCGAGGCUGCCUACGUGUUGACACCAGUGCCCAGAACAAAUCUGACAAUGGUUCUGAAUGCACAAGGACAGGUGAUCCGGCCAGUACCAUGGCCUUCGUUCUUCAGCAAGCAUAUCAAUACAGCUCAGGGCAAUAUUGCCGAGUCGCCAUCAAGCGCCGCAACUGUGUCGAGCAGGUAUGUGGUUCGUUGUUCGACCUUGCCACCACUCCAUGUCAAGGUGAAUAUGGGGUGUGUCCGAAUGUUGCUGGAGUCAGCUGCAGGUCCUUCUCUGAUGUUAUCUCAGGUUAUCUUUGUGUUGAAAGCAAUUGUCUCCUUUGUGAGGCUGAAUCCAACUAAAGAAAGUAUCCACAAUUUUAUUGAUCAUGCAAGAAAGUCACAGUUACUAGACCUCCUGUGCGAGUUUCUGAUAGCUUCAGGUUCAGACAUAAAAUCAGGUUCCAUAAAUAUGGUACUAGCAGCACGUGAGACAUGCAAGACUAAUUGGUAUAUGGCUCACGCAGUUGACAUUUUGUCCAUGGGUGCACAACAUUUUUCACUUCCUUUAGUUAGCUCAUGGCGACAAGGUCACAUGGAGAUGGAUGAUGUGUUCCAGAUGCUUAAGAAAUGGUGCCCACAUAACCAAUAUGUGCAGCUGGCCUGUACAAUUUAUGAAGCUCACAACGAGUUCCAUGCUACCAGCGAGGUUUUGACUUCGGUGCUUAAUUGGGAAGCUGCACUUUUGCCCAUAGACCUCCUAUUCGACAAGUACACUGAGCUGAUGACUGUUGAAUGGCAUUUUUGUCUGGUGCAACCAGUUCAUGUUUAUUGUCCUCUACCUCUGGCUGAACCUCCUGAUUGUGGCGACGGAUGUGAAACUACGCUCAAUUCUUCUCAGUUCACCUUAAGAGGAGUUAAAGGUGUCUCUCAUGAGUUUGCUAGUGCAACUGAAUAUUCUUGCUACACCAUAAUUAGUAGUACAUGGUGGGUAUUAUUGGUGACUAUGCAAAUUAUGAUGGGAGGCACCGAUGAUAUGACGAGCAGCCUGAGUGUGGAUGGUUUGAUUGGCAAAGCUGGGUUGUCAGAUGUCCCAUGGGUACAACUACAACGACCUAAUUACCGGGAAACUAAAUCGGGGUCUGUGCAACAAAUAAUCGGGGAGGCACCGAUGACAUUUCAAGAUGAGGCCCUCCUGGAUGUUACUCAACCUGGUGAAGCCUUUGUUAACAAAAGAAGAGUACCAUCACUACAUACAGAAGGAAGAGAAUUGUUUGCCGGAGUUCCUCAGCCCAUUACUCACUUUCACUUGCCAUUGCAUAUAUGGGUUCCGGUGUUUCUAGUCCCCAGCUCGUCUGACAUCCUUGCUGGCUUACAGUGCAACUCCGAGCAACUCUUGACUGCUACCCUAUAUCAUUUUGAACAAUUCCAUUGGGUAAUUGCACAGGCAUUCUUUAAUGGUAUCAAGGGCAGUGUGGUCACCAACAUUUUUGAGACUUUGUACAAUCCUUGUGCUGCUCCAGUGCGAGAAGGUGUUCCUACUUAUUUGGACUAUUUUGCUGUUGUUGCUUGUUCUACUGGUCUGCAAGCAAGUGCAAGUACGUGGCAGUUAGUGCUCAAGGAUAUCUGGCAUGUUCAUUACCUUGGUACUGUGAUUGAGUGGAUGUUGCGCUUAUUCAUUCAUGUGGUGAGAUGCUCUCUUGGUCAUGGAUCAAAGUUUAUUAUCUCCGGAACUAUGUCCACAGCAUGGCCAGUUCAAGAGGAACCACAACUGAAAUACUUCUGCCAAUUCUUGUGUGGGCUAAGGUUGUGGAAUCCGGGUAUAAGGGGUGCAUCUAAAACUUGUACAAAGCAGUUUGGUAUUCAAAACAACUCCAUGUCACCACAUGCUGCUGCUGCAGGUAAAUCACAAAAUUGCACAGUUCUUAUUUACACUCGAUGGAGCUCUAUGAUAGGAGAUUCAGAUUCAACCUUUGCAAUUAAAAAUGUGGAACAGAGGGUGCUUCCUAAAGUAACAAGUUCGGCUAGCAGAUUAUGGGAAUCUUUGAUGUUCAUUGCCUCGGCGCUAUAAAGCUGUUUUCAACCACAUGGGUGUCUUGCUUAUUUGUUCCUGUUGUGAAAGAUUUUCUUGGUCAUGGACUGGAGCUUUCUGCUACAACACAGUGGGAUCCUGGAAUCUUGAAUCUUCAUGGCCGGGCAAUUAUUAGAAUGAGGAUCAAGUAUCUACAUAGAAGUGCAAAGAGUGAUUAUGAUGUUGGAUGGCUGUCAGACAAGAGAGAUAGACAGAUCCAUCGACCAUGGGACCCAGGUGGAUUUGGCUGUUCUUUGGUACUGCGUCACCGGCUUGAGGUCAAGCCGCAUUUUAAGGGGGCGAGAAUGUCAUGUCCCAAGGGUCAUGAUCCUCUUCUUAUCCAAGGCCUUCUCGAUGGAAUGGGCCGUGAGACUUGGGCUUGGCCCAGUUCCGUGAAUAGGCAAAUGGAUUAUAAAGAAGGAGAAGCUAGACAGAGGAGGGGAGCGAUUGAUUUGUGAAACGUCUGAAGCUUCUCACCCCUUGCUCUCGUCCUCACCUCCUGCUCUCUGUAUCCCCCCCUUUCCUUGCUGAUUUCUCACCCCAUAUUCUCCAUGUAUCCCCCGAUCUAGAUCUGAAUAUUGGUGCUGAUUAGUCUGUUCGUCCCAUCUUGUGCUUGGGUCGUGACAAAUUACCACAGUUUUGAAAAUACUACAGUAUUAUUACUUCGGUUUUCAGUGGUAGUCAAACACUUCACAGUAAAUAAAACUUUGGUAUUAAAAAAAA